AUGGUUGGAGGCUGCAGCGAGGGACUAUUCAUCAGGCACUGUUGGAAGUUCCUGACCAACGAGGAUCUGGAGAUGGUGUGCCGCAGUGACUCGUCCGCGGCUAGAUCCCUUGCAGGUCGAGUGGGUGUCGGACGAACACGACACAUUGCUGCAAGACUCCUAUGGCUUCAACAGAAAGUGAGUACCAAAGAGUUGAGGGUCACUGGAAUUCCUACAGCAGUCAACACUAGUGACAUCGGCACAAAGAUCCUGAGCAAAGCAAGGAUGAGUGGAUUGAAGUAUCUCAUCAAAAUGAUCAACGGGGAUGACGAGAAGAUUGGGUAUGCCGAGUACCAGGAGAUAAAGAUGAAGGAGGAGCUGAAGAAGAACACGGGCAAGAUGGCCAAGAGCUUGGGAGCAAAUGCAAAAGUGGCAGUGGUGAUCGCACUAUCCCUGCUGCAGAGUGGCCAGAGUGCAGAAGUUGGAGAGCAUGAGACUGAAGAGAACGAGGGCACGGAGGCAUGGUGGGUUCGGCUACUGAUCACCGUGAUCUGUUUAGCAGGAGAAGUUGGAGACAAUGAUGCGGAUGGCCCGCAUGUGAGAAGGGAAGUACAAGAAGUCACAAGCCAGCAUGAGCAGUCACAAUACGAGAAUGACCCUGAGAAAGUGAACAUGCAAUGGCAGAUAGUGCACCUGGAAGUGGCUGUGGCUGAACAAGAAGAGAAAUUGAAAGAAGCUCGAGAUGAACGUGAUCGUCAAUCACGUGAAGUGGUGAGGAUGUACAACAUGUGCGCCGAGCUACGCUUUGAGCUCGAAGUAGUGAAGGAAGAAAGAGAUGAAGCAAGGAAGAAAGCCAUCCGAGUGGCCGGAAACGAUGACGAGCGAGCCCAAGAGAUGGAAAGGAUGUCAGAAGAUGUGGCUCGAGCAUGGGAAGUCACUGAAGAGUGGAAGAAACGAGCCAAAGAAUGUGAGAAACAAGCACAAGAUGAACUGAGGAGACGCCUGCAGGAAGCCAAGUUCACCUUAGAUCGAAGAACAAUUUCAUCGAAGAUGAUA